UGCAGCCUACGCCUCCUGAAAUGAUCGACGCGACGUUCACCCAUUACUAUCGCUCACCAAGCAUCCUCUACCAAUAACGGAGAGCGGAGGUGCAACCUCGCGUUGUGGGAGGUUUCAGCGCAUGGUGCUUUGGCUCUCAAUGGGAGUAAAGAGGGAUGCUGGACGGAUUCACAAACUCAGCUGGACCCCUGUUUUCAGAACAGUCGGACUGUAAAGGAACGUAGCCAGGUAUACCUGGAUUAAACGCGAAUAGUUGCACUAUAUAGUGAUUGCAUUUUCUCGUAUGUAUGGGCAUGUCAAGCGGACUUGAUGGUUGAUCAUGGGUAGGACUGAAAGGCUGGAGACGGGUGUCGCUCAGGUGACAUCAACACCGUUAACUUUCCCCUCAAGUACCUAAUGGACGCUGGCGAACAAGUGGAACCAUGAGGAACUCGCCAAACGCGUGCAAGGAUUUAUGCCACCGUGGCAGUACAAGAACAGUUUCGCAGUUUUAAGAGAAACAUUCGAAAUUUCCACACAAAUGUGUUAUGAUGAAUGUGCAUGUGCGUCUUAUAGACCGCUCUCUUAAGCGCCCGAGCUGUCUGUGAGAGUAAUGGAGACGAUCUCAGCUUUCGCAGUAAUGAAGUGACAGUGCCAAAAAGCACUCAAGCCACAGUGCAUGGAACUGAUUGCGUGCACAUCUGAUGUUACAUGGGUUCAGGUAUGCCUGUUGUAACAAUACAUGUGAAGUAUAACGUUGUCAAGAUAUUCAGUGUUCACGUGCUUCACGACAGCGAGCUGUUUCGUGGCUACAUGUUUGAAACUUUCACGCACAUGGACGCACAAGUACAUGACAACACAUGGUGUGUGGCAAGGAGAAUGUAAACGUUUGUUUCUCGGAACGACGUGACUAUUUGAUUCAUUCCUGAAAAAGAAGGCGGUAUUUUGGAGAAAGUACGUCGGAGCUGUCUUGGAUAUCAUCUCAAAGGCAUUGGGCGAGUACAAGCACUGGAGACACUUCAGAGUAAUCAACUGAAUGUGUUAUGGGACGGCAACAUUCUAGUUUGUUUCGCGCAGCUGAAUGUCAUUUUAAUCAGUUGCGGUCAUUUGUCUCACCCAAAAGACAAUUUUAUAUACGCCAGUGAAAGUGGAUGUCAUGGCUAUACAAUGGAAUACAGACACACAGCAGUAAACUAGUGAAACUUGAUCACCAGUAAAGGAACUUCCAUGCUUACCGGUUGUACUGCUACUCUGAAAGGGUAAAAUGAAUUCCAGACUUCGGAAGAAAAUUUAGUUUAGCUCUGUCAUAUGGAUCUUGUUCAUUUUCUUUGGAGUCUCCUGAAACGUCAUCAUUCACUGACAGAUGCUCCCACAGGUGUUUCAGGAAAGUUGCUUUUCUGCAUCCAGGGAGUCCUUAUCUGAAAACAUGCUCCUCUUGGUAUGAGUGCCUGUGCCGUGGGCUAGAAGAGGACCCCGCUCCCUUCCUACCUCCUUCUCCUGCCUUCCCGUCACCACUGCCAGCCCCUCUUGCACACAUGCAGGCCAAGAAGAGGUACCUGCUGGUGUCUCUGGGGGCCUGUCUUCUUCUGCUUGCCUACUUGUGGGGACUGCAGAUCGGGGAGUUUCACCAGGAAAGCCACCAGCAGCUCUACGCUGCCAACGCCCAAGGUCCCCGAGGUCCCCGACUGCCCAGGCAGCACUGGCCGGAGUGGGGCCACUCUCUGAGCGCCUACCUGGAUGGGGUGGAGCAGGAGGAGGACAGCCCCGUGGGCAUCCACCAGCACUCCUCCCCCAGGGAGAGGCGGGAGAUCCGCACCAACAUCUACAAGAGCCGCCGGUGCCGCAUGGACACCUGCUUCGACUACAGCCUCUGCGAGAGGGGCUUCAAGGUGUACGUGUACCCGCUGGCCAAGGGGGAGAAGAUCUCCGAGAGCUACCAGAAGAUCCUGACGGCCAUUGAGGACUCCCGCUUUUACACCACGGAUCCGCAGGAGGCGUGCCUGUUCGUGCUGAGCAUCGAUACGCUGGACAGAGACCAGCUCUCUGCCCAGUAUGUCCACAAUGUCAAGGCCAAAAUCCAGAGCCUUCCUUUGUGGAACGAAGGAAGGAACCACCUUAUUUUCAACCUCUACUCGGGCACCUGGCCGGACUACACAGAGGAGCUGGGCUUUGAUAUUGGUCAGGCGAUGUUGGCCAAGGCCAGCAUCGAUAUGGAUAAUUUCAGGCCACACUUUGAUGUGUCCAUUCCUCUUUUUUCAAAAGACCAUGUCCAGAAAGGAGGAGACAAGGGUUAUUUGACACUCAAUAAUGUCCCGCCAUCAAGGAAAUAUGUGCUAGUUUUCAAAGGGAAGAGGUAUCUCACUGGUAUAGGCUCAGAAACCAGAAACGCACUCUAUCACAUUCACAAUGGAGAUGAUAUCAUUUUAUUGACUACCUGCAAGCAUGGGAAAGACUGGGAGAAACAUAAAGAUGGCCGAUGCGACAGGGACAAUGAAGAAUACUCAAAGUUCGACUACCAGGAGCUGCUCCAUAAUUCUAGUUUCUGCCUGGUCCCUCGAGGUCGGCGCCUGGGCUCUUUUCGGUUCCUGGAGGCCCUGCAGGCUGCCUGUAUCCCAGUGUUACUCAGUAAUGGCUGGGAGCUGCCCUUCUCUGAGAUCAUCGACUGGAACAAAGCAGCCAUCAUCGGUGACGAGAGGCUCCUGCUACAGAUCCCUUCAAUUACCAGAUCAGUGGACCAUGACAGAAUAUUGGCACUCAGGCAACAGACUCAGUUCCUGUGGGAUGCCUAUUUUUCUUCAGUCGCAAAAAUAGUAUUAACUACAUUAGAGAUAAUCCGGGACCGAAUACAUUCACACAUAUCAAGAAGCAGACUGAUGUGGAAUUCUCUGCCUGGUGGACUGUACGCCUUGCCACAGUUCUCCACAGACCCUUCAAUGUUCCCCUUCUACUACUCUCUGCUGGGUAAAAGCCCGUCCCUAGAGUUCACUGCAGUGGUCCAGGUGGUGACUCCUCUCCAGUCCCAGCUGCAGCCCGUGCUCAAACUCAUCAUCGCUGUUGCCAAAUCCAAGUUCUGUGCACAGAUCAUAGUGCUGUGGAAUUGUGACAAGCCUUUACCUCCCAAGAGCAAGUGGCCCUCCACCAGUGUGCCUAUCACCGUUAUUGAGGGAGAAAGAAAGACAAUGAGCAGUCGCUUUUUCCCCCAUGAUGUUAUCCUCACGGAUGCAGUCCUGAGUCUGGACGAAGACUCCGUUCUGUCGACAAAUGAGGUUGACUUCGCCUUCGUAGUGUGGCACAGUUUCCCCGACAGGAUAGUGGGCUACCCGGCCCGGAGCCACUACUGGGACCUGGGGAAGGGCCGGUGGGGGUACACCUCCAAGUGGACCAACGAGUACUCCAUGGUGCUCACCGGGGCGGCGUUCUACCACAGGUAUUACCAUUACCUUUACACACACUAUCUGCCUGCCAGCCUGCUCAGCAUGGUGGACCAGAUGGCCAACUGCGAGGACAUCCUCAUGAAUUUCCUGGUGUCGGCCGUCACCAAGCUGCCACCAAUCAAAGUCACACAGAAGAAGCAGUACAAGGAGACUAUGAUGCAGCAGGGCUCAAAGUCUUCGCGCUGGGCUGAUCCGGACCACUUUGCGCAGCGUCAGACCUGCAUGAACUCCUUCAGCGGCUGGUUCGGCUUCAUGCCCCUGCUGCACUCCCAGAUGCGCCUGGACCCCGUGCUCUUCAAGGACCAGGUCUCCAUCCUGAGGAAGAAGUACAGGGACAUCGAGAGGCUGUAGGGACACACACACACACACACACACACACACACACACCAGAAUGUGUGUGGCAUGUAUGGGCCAAACCAGAGGAGUACCCUCUUGUCUUAUUUUUCCUUUUUUCAGUUUCUGUUUUGGAAAGCAACGCGUGAGAUUGCUCUGACUGUGACCUGAUAUCCUACAUGAAAGAAACAAUAUCUCUAUAGAGUAAAUUAUUAUAUUGAAGAAGAAAUAUAUGCAACUCCUGGGUCCAUUUUGUGGUACUAAUGGUCCUGUUCACCGAAGCCCACUCACAGAGAAGCGGCCCGUCUCGCGUGGGAGUUGGGACUUGUUUGUCGUCUCUUGUCACCCUUGUCGUCAUUGAAGAAGAUUGUUACUUUUCACGAGCUCACCCUGACCUUCCAGACUGACUGGAGGCCCUCAUCACCCCCCACCCCACCCCACCCAAACCCCCUCUCUCCGGACAAGGACUGCCGAAUCAGUGGGUGGCAGAAAUGUCACCUAUGCCUGCAAUAUGUACUUCGGUUUUCUAUUUUACUUAUAUUUAGUUUUUUAUUGUUAUUAUUAUUAUAAAUAUUAUUAUUAUUAUUAUUGAGGCUGUCUUUUUUCUUAGUUUUCAAGGAUGUGUCACAAAAGAAAAUAAUAAAUAAAUGCAAGAUGGGUGAGACAUUCUCUCCAGAUCUUUUUUUAUUUCCAGGGUUCCAGCAGGAUACAAAUCAGAAUGUAGUCUUCUGUUGCUUCAUCCUACUAUGAGCUAUACAUUGCCAAAAACCUACUCGGAUAAAAGAUUCUGAAAUGUAUUUUGUGUGAUGUUGUUAUUGUUGCAUAUACACUAGGGGCACA